UCAUUCCCUUUUUAGUAGAUUCAUACACUCCCUUUAAAUCUUACAAUAAACACUCAUAGCUACAAAAAAUAAAAUCAUAUUUGUGAAUUUAAUCCACGUCUAAAUUAGCCAUGGCAAUGGUGAUGGACCUCGGUUUUCUUAGUUAUGAUGAUUAUAGUGCCAUGGACGCGGUCACGACCACGACCACGACCACCACCAGCACCACCACGACCACGACCUCGUCCACCGACGAGGGGUGCAAUUGGAACGACUGGUCGCCGGUGGUGGACUGGGAGGCGCUCUCCGGCGACCAGGAAGACUUCCAAAACCUCAUUGAUUCAAUGAUUGAUGAGAAUAAUGUGGUGUUGCAACAAUCCAUUAGGCCAAGUUACGUUCAUGAAGAGUACAACAAUCAAUCCCCAGAGUAUAACAUGGCGACGGACGAGGACUCGAAGGGGCUGCGGCUCAUCCAUCUUCUCAUGGAGGCGGCGGAGGCGAUGGCCGGUGCCAACAAGUGCCGCGAAUUGGCCAGGGUGAUAUUGGUUCGGCUCAAGGAGUUGGUGUCGCCAACCGACGGCACCAACAUGGAGAGGCUUGCCGCCUACUUCACCGACGCUCUGCAGGCCUUGCUCGACACCGCCGCCGGAGGCGCCAAGCACGCCCUGGGCGGCGGCGAGCACCACCGGUCCGACGUGCUCGCGGCGUUCCAGUUGCUGCAGGACAUGUCCCCUUACGUGAAAUUCGGGCAUUUCACGGCGAAUCAAGCCAUAUUGGAGGCCGUGGCUCAUGACCGGAGGGUCCACAUAGUGGACUAUGACAUCAUGGAGGGGAUCCAGUGGGCCUCACUAAUGCAGGCCCUCGUCUCUAGGAAAGACGGGCCCCCGGCCCCACACCUCAGGAUCACCGCGGUCUCGAGGAGCGGGGCCGGGCGCCGCUCCUUCGGCACCAUCCAGGAGACCGGGCGGCGCCUUACCGCCUUCGCGGCUUCCAUAGGCCAGCCCUUCUCAUUCCACCAGUGCAGGCUGGAUGUGGAUGAGACGUUCAGGCCGUCCUCUCUGAAAUUAGUCAGAGGGGAGGCCCUUAUAAUCAAUUGUAUGUUGCACCUGCCGCAUUUCAAUUAUCGAGCCCCGGAUUCAAUUACUUCAUUUCUAUCCGGGGCCAAGACUCUGAAUCCGAGGCUGAUUACCCUUGUAGAGGAGGAGAUGGCCCCCACGAGCGAUGGGGGCUUCGUGGGUCGGUUCAUGGACUCGUUGCACCACUUCUCGACCGUUUAUGACUCCUUAGAGGCCGGGUUCCCGAUGCAGAGCCGUGCUCGGGCUUUAGUCGAACGUGUUUUUUUGGGGCCCCGGAUUAUGGGAUCGUUGGCCCGUAUAUACCGGGCCCGGGACGAGGAGGGAGGCUACUCUUGGGGGCAGUGGUUGGGUGCGGUUGGGUUUCGACCGGUGAGCAUAAGCUUUGCCAAUCAUUGUCAAGCAAAAUUGCUAUUGGGACUAUACAAUGAUGGGUAUAGGGUUGAGGAAUUGACAACUAAUAAACUAGUUCUUGGAUGGAAGUCACGGCGCCUACUUUCUGCUUCUAUUUGGACCUCUCAAGACAGUGAUUUGUAAUUUGAUUUGAGUUUUUUGCUUGUUUUAUUAGGAGUUGUGAAAUAUUUCCUCGACCUUCUUUUUUACUACAAUAUCGUGUUAUGCUUAUAUGUAUGUAUAUAAAUUUGAGCAUGUAUAUUGGAGAAAGUUUUGAGCUUAAUUUG